AAAAUGCAAUAACCUAAAAGCUGAGGACCAGGUCAUAUAUUUUAAAGCUCCAUCCAUCUUUCCGAGGCACCGAUCCUCCUCUCUCUUCUUCUUAAACCCUAGACCUCAAUUUUUAGCUGCUAAUCCCUAAAGCUCCCUACAAUGGCGAAGAAGAAGGAGAAGAAGGUGAACGUGUCGGGAAAGCCGAAGCACUCGCUGGACGCCAACCGUAGCGACGGCGGAAAGAAUGGGUCGAAGCGUAGCGCCGCCACCGUGCGCCGCCUCAAGAUGUACAACACCAGGCCCAAGCGUAACAGCGGCGGCAAGAUCCUCAAGCACGACCUCCAAUCCAAAGAGUUGCCCGACACUCGAAUCCAACCCAACCGCCAGUGGUUCGGGAAUACUCGUGUGGUGGAUCAGAAAAAGCUUGAAGUUUGCCGUGAAGAGAUUCAAAACCAUAUGUCUAGUGGCUACCAUGUCAUAGUGAAUUCGAAGAGUGUUCCCUGGUCCCUCGUAAAUGAUCACCAAAAGCAAGCCAGAGUUCAUCUUCUUGACACUCAGCCAUUUGAGAAUACAUUUGGGCCUAAGUCAAAGAGGAAGCGUCCAAAGCUCAUGGCAGCAGAUUAUGAUUCCUUGGUUAAGAAAGCUGAUGGUUCUCAGGAUGCAUUUGAGCAGAAGCAUGUUGCUAAUGCCUCUGCUGAAGGAAAUGAAGAAGAUGGACUUCGGGACCUGGUUCGGCAUACAAUGUUUGAAAAGGGUCAAAGUAAGCGUAUAUGGGGUGAGCUCUAUAAAGUAGUAGACUCUUCUGAUGUGGUUGUCCAGGUUUUGGAUGGGAGGGACCCACUAGGUACGAGAUGUUACCAUCUAGAGAAGCAUUUGAAAGAGCAUUGCAAGCAUAAAAACUUGAUUUUUUUGUUAAACAAGUGUGAUCUUAUUCCUGCUUGGGCUACAAAAGGAUGGCUUAGAGUGUUAUCGAAGGAAUAUCCAACUCUAGCAUUCCAUGCAAGCAUCAAAAAGUCAUUUGGCAAGGGUUCUCUUCUGUCAGUAUUGAGACAAUUUGCUCGCAUAAAAAGUGACAAGCAAUCCAUAUCUGUCGGAUUUGUUGGGUAUCCCAAUGUUGGAAAGUCGUCGGUUAUCAAUACACUUCGCACAAAGAAUGUUUGCAAUGUUGCUCCUAUUCCUGGUGAGACUAAAGUGUGGAAGUAUAUUACCCUCACAAAUAGGAUCCAUUUGAUUGACAGCCCUGGAGUUGUUUAUAAGAGCAGUGACUCUGAAACAGAUGUUGUACUGAAGGGCGUGGUACGUGUCACGAACCUGCAGGAUGCUUCUGAACACAUUGGAGAAGUUUUGAAACGUGUGAAGAAGGAGCACUUGGAAAGAGCAUAUAAGAUAAAAGAUUGGAAUGAUGAUAAUGACUUUCUAGUUCAGCUAUGCAAAUUGACAGGAAAGCUUUUGAAGGGUGGUGAACCUGACUUGAUGACUGCGGCAAAGAUGGUCCUCCAUGACUGGCAGAGAGGUAAAAUACCCUUUUUUGUGCCCCCCCCACGACAAGAAGACAAGUUGGCAGAUGAACCCAAUGUUUUUGGUGCUGACCAAGAUGAAGUGGGUAGCAGUCAGGCAUCUGCAGCAGCUUUCAGAGCUAUUGCAAAUGUUAUUUCCUCCCAGCAGCAAAUGUCUGUCCCUGUUCAAAGGGAUCUCUUCAGUGAGAACGAGUUAAGGGGAGACACAGACAAGCUGGAAGGGGGUGAGAAAUUCAAGCAGGUCUCAGAUGCCAAGGGCGAUACGCAUGAACUUUGUCCAGCAACCUAGGGUAGAUUGCCGGCCAGCUUCCUGCUAGUUAGUCAUAGGUUUUUGUGCGGAGGGAUUAUCAAUUUUUGUAGUCUGGGCAGUUUUGUAUGUCUAAAAUAAAUUUUGUUUGAGUAUUUAUACCUGGGAGCUUGUCUUAAUUACAGAUUAUAUCAAAUUACAAUGCCUAAUUAUAUUAUACCGCAAGUUUGUUUUUCCCCCCCAACAAUCUAAUUCAAGGAAAUCAAUUAAAUAAUUUGGCUUUUCAUGCA